AUGUCGCUUACACAGAGUCGAAGCCCCAGCUCGUCGCCGGCACAGCGCAGCAACCCUGAGUCGGUUGUUGCCGCCGUUGCAGGUGCUCACAGCACGUUUGGUGGCUGCGCAUUCGACCCUGAUGCGCUGCGCAAUUUAAUUGUCAACUACCUCCCGCCACUGAUGAAUGAGGAGCAGGUCUGUGAGCUCUUUGGCCAGUUUGGCAGGAUUGAGAGUGUAAAGAUUAUUUACGAUAAAAUCACCGGCGAGAGUCGCGGCUAUGGGUUUGUAAAGUACCGAUUUUACUUCUCUGCCACCUACGCUGUGUCCUGCCUGAACCGGUUUGAGAUUGGCGGCAAGAAGCUGAAGGUGGCGUACGCGAACGUGCAGGCGGCAAAGGAGGCGUACGACCAGCUGCGACGCUCGACGAUGGAGCUGAACGUUCAGCAGCAGCAAGCCAUGCUCUCUAUGUACUACAAUCAAAUGAUGCUUACUCAAGAACAGACGGCGUCGGCUGCGGCUGCGAUGACUUCCUCGGGUUCUAUGGGCGGUGGCGCGGACUACGACCCGUACAUGAAUAUGAUGGACAGCAACUACGCAAUGAGGCAACGCGGCGGUACUGCCUACUACGGUCAAGGCAUGUACCCAGGAAUGGCGCCAGGCCGUGGCGUUUACCCUGCCGGCACGUCCACAAGUGUUAGACAGUCUGUCACUCCAUCGAUGGUACCACUUGGCUUUUGA